GAGGAGGAGAGCGGCUCGCUUCUAACCGAACUGCAGGUUUGUGACAACGCCCUGAGCUGGUGACAGACCCACUCUGUGACUCUCAGUCGGAUUGAGCCACCAGAUCCCAGAAACAUGACCCUCGCUGCCUACAAAGAGAAGAUGAAGGAGCUCCCGCUGGUGUCCUUAUUCUGCUCCUGCUUCCUGGCUGACCCCCUGAAUAAGUCGUCCUACAAAUACGAAGGCUGGUGUGGGAGACAGUGUAGGAGGAAGGAUCAAGGCCAGCAGGAAGACAGUGCUGACUGGAGAGAGAGAAGAGCGCAGGCGGACACGGUAGACCUGAACUGGUGUGUCAUUUCUGACAUGGAAGUCAUCGAGCUGAACAAAUGCACCUCGGGCCAGUCCUUCGAAGUCAUCCUGAAGCCGCCCUCCUUUGACGGGGUGCCCGAGUUCAACGCCUCCCUGCCCCGGCGGCGAGACCCUUCCCUGGAAGAGAUCCAGAAGAAACUAGAAGCAGCUGAGGAGCGAAGGAAGUACCAGGAAGCCGAGCUCCUGAAACACCUAGCAGAGAAACGGGAACACGAGCGGGAGGUGAUCCAAAAAGCCAUUGAGGAAAACAACAACUUCAUCAAGAUGGCUAAGGAAAAACUGGCCCAAAAGAUGGAAUCCAACAAGGAGAACCGGGAGGCCCACCUUGCUGCCAUGUUGGAACGGCUGCAAGAGAAGGACAAGCACGCCGAGGAGGUGCGGAAAAACAAGGAGCUGAAGGAAGAGGCCUCCAGGUAAAGCCCGAGGCCCGAGACGUUUGCAGGACAGCGGACAGCGGCGUUCCAGGCAGCCCGCCCGCGGCGGCGCUCCCAGCACCGGGGUUGGGGGGGAGGGGGGUGGCCAAGGGGCGUUUCCUCUGCUUUUGGUGUUUGUCCAUGUAAAGAAUUGACCAGUGAAGCCAUCCUAUUUGUUUCCGGGGAACAAUGAUGGGGUGGGAGACGGGAGAGGAGGAGAGAGUUUGGGAAGGGGAGACGGAGACGAGCUCACUGACGUCGCAGCACUGCCCGGAGCACACUCGGCCCGGCCCUGGGUUUUCACAUCCCCGCCGGGGCCCUGGGCGUCCAGGCGCCGCGUCGAGGGCAGGUGACAGCCCGGGCGGCAAAGGCUCGGAGUGAAGGCCGAGCCCCGGGCGGGCCGGCAGGCCAAGCCCAGCCCGAGGGGCGCGAGGCCCAGACGUGCGGCUCCAGCCCUGCAGCGGGUGGGACAGGUCUCUGUGUGUGUGAACCAUUACCUUUUGAUCAUCACGACCAAUGAAACGUUGACUC